AUGGACCAGACAUCUAGCUCGCAGCGUUUCUCUCCCCGUGGACUUAUCCAAAUCCCAUUGUACGCUGUCGCUGUCACUGAUCCGGAUGAAGAGAUCUUCCUGUUGUAUACUCGUCUUGCUUCUGUGAAGCCGGCGGAUGGCAGUUCCAUGGAACCGUUUCGGGGGCUCGGAUAUGUCGACUCCAAGACGGACACACUGUCCGUGAGGCUGGAGAUUUCCCCUCCACUCUCAGAUGUAGCUGCUAGCCCCGUCGCCAAAAAGAGCAGCAAUGGCAGAAGUAAGAAGGCAAGAGGCAAGCCGAAGAAAGUUGAGCCCAAAGUCUUGGAAAUUGAGCUCUUCCAGGACGGAACCGCUCUCAGGAGUCGUAAAGGGGAUACUGGAAGCGUACUAUGGAGAGCUAGCGUCGAGUUUGCGCAGCUAUUCCUCCUUCAAUAUCACUUCCCCGACUCUUGCACUCUAUUCAAUCCCGAAUCAAUAAUGAAAGCGCAUAUCAUCGAGCUCGGUGCAGGAACGGGCCUUCUUAGUGUCGUCCUAGGCCCACUAGUCCGACGAUAUACCUCCACCGAUCUUCCGGAUCUCAUCCCUCUAAUCCGCAAAAACAUAUCCCACAUACCUGCCAAGCCCAGCUCAUCUCUCACGCCCCACACGAUCAGAGCUGAAGCGCUCGACUGGACGCUCCCGGCCGAUCGCCAGCUCUCGUCUUCCGUUCUAUCAGAUCCUCCAGAUCUCAUCCUCGUGGUCGACUGCAUAUACCACCCCUCCUUAGUUACUCCGUUGAUAGACACCCUAACUUCGCUCGCUGUGCCGCACCAUACAUCCGUCAUCGUGGUAGCAGAGCUGCGCGCAGAAGAUGUCAUGACAGCAUUCAUCGAGGGAUGGGUGAGCAGAGACGGAUGGAGAGUGUGGAAUGUUGGCGGAGAGCAGACAGAUGGCAUCAUGGGCCCAAGGUACGGAAUUUGGGUUGGCUGGAGAGAAAAUCAUUCAUUUGAGGAGUAA